GCCUCAGUUAACAUAUUGCCUAUCCGUCUCUCGUUCUCCUGGGUCAUUUGGAAAGAACUGCUCCCAAUUCUCUCAUGGGGAGCCUCGUCCGCAGAGAUGAUGAUGAGGAUAUUAAUCGACCUCUAGUACCGGAAUCCUCCUCACACUUUGGAUCAGAAGCAGCACACGUAGAAGAAGAUCAAGAAAAGAAUGAACUUGCAUCAAGGAUUUGGAUAGAAACCAAGAAGCUAUGGAAAGUCGUGGGUCCUGCCAUCUUCAGCCGCGUUGUUUCCUACAGCAUGAACGUUAUCACCCUCGCCUUCGCCGGCCACCUUGGUGAAGUUGAACUCGCUGCCAUUUCCAUUGCCAACACUGUCGUCGUCGGCUUCAAUUUUGGCCUCCUGUUGGGGAUGGCAAGCGCAUUAGAAACGCUUUGUGGGCAAGCAUUUGGGGCCAAGAGGUACCGGAUGCUGGGAAUAUACCUGCAAAGGUCAUGGAUUAUGCUCUUCCUCUGUUGUUUCCUGCUAUUGCCUGUUUACAUUUUCGCCAGCCCGAUUCUGAAACUCCUAGGACAGUCCGACGAUGUGGCGGAGUCGUCAGGUCUGGUAGCAUGUUGGCUAAUACCCUUGCACUUUAGCCUUGCGUUUAUUUUCCCAAUGUCUAGAUUCUUGCAGUCACAACUCAAGAACAUGGUGAUUGCGUGGGUUUCUUUUGCGGCUCUACUUGUUAAUGUGUUGACGAGUUGGCUCUUAGUAUAUGUGUUCGAUUUUGGGCUUGUGGGUGCGGCUGUUUCUUUGGAUAUCUCCUGGUGGGUGAUUGCUUUUGGGUUGUAUGGUUAUAUUGUUUGUGGUGGGUGUCCCUUGACUUGGUCCGGAUUCUCAAUGGAAGCCUUUUCUGGACUUUGGGAGUUCCUCAAACUCUCAGCUGCUUCUGGAGUCAUGCUUUGCUUAGAGACUUGGUACUAUAGAAUACUGAUUCUAAUGACAGGGUACUUGCAGAAUGCCACUCUUGCUGUGGAUGCCUUGUCAGUCUGCAUGUCGAUCAAUGGGUGGGAGAUGAUGAUUCCUUUGGGCUUCUUUGCCGGUACCGGAGUUAGGGUUGCCAAUGAGCUUGGAGCUGGGAAUGGUAAGGCAGCAAAAUUUGCAACGAUUGUCUCUGUGACACAGUCAUCUGUGAUUGGUAUCUUUUUCUGUGUGCUAAUCAUGAUACUCCAUGACAAGAUCGCAUACAUAUUCAGUUCCGAGACCGAUGUGCUUGAAGCAGUCGAUAAGCUAUCAUUAUUGUUAGCUGUUACCAUUCUCCUUAACAGCGUUCAACCUAUUUUAUCAGGAGUGGCUGUUGGAUCGGGGUGGCAGGCAAUAGUAGCAUAUAUAAAUCUGGGUUGCUACUACAUAAUUGGGCUCCCACUUGGAAUUCUAAUGGGAUGGGUCUUCAACUUUGGAGUUAUGGGUAUAUGGGGUGGAAUGAUUUUUGGUGGGACUGCAGUCCAAACAGUGAUUUUGGCUACCAUAACAGUACGAUCCGAUUGGGAAAAACAGGCUGAGAUAGCCCAGCAGCGUGUAAACAAAUGGAGUCCCAAACAAGAAGAUCAUCAAUCCGAGGUCCAAAACUAACAUUAUCUGUUUCAAUGGUUUUUGGCACUUGUCAAAAGAAUCUGCGGAUCUAUCCUCUUUCUCGUUCGUUCUACUAAAUAUAUUAUUUUAUUUAGUCAAUGUUUUAAAUUCGGAUAUCCGGAUUAUCCCACUAGUAAAAGACAAUCAUACCCAUGCAAUACACACACAUUUAUUUUAGAAUGAUUGUUCUGUUUAAUUA